GUAACAAUUCAAGUAUGUAUUCAGUAUGUGGAAAACUAUAUUUUUAGUUUUCAAAAAUAAAUUGUUAAUUUUGUUUCAGUGUCCCAACAAUGCUGGCUCAACGUACUAUAAUUACAAGCAUGCUCAUAGUGUAGUAUUAAUGGCCAUUUGUGAUGCACAGUACAUAUUCCGUUUCGUUGACAUUGGAGCGUACGGACGACGAAGCGAUGGAGGUAUUUUCAGCAACAGUGUUAUCGGCAAGAACUUCAAUGCAAACCGCAUGAAUGUACCAAAGCCAUCAGCUGUUGCAGAAGAACGAAUUCUGCCAUACUGUCUUGUGGGAGACGAAGCAUUCCCUUUAAAAUCAUAUUUGCUUCGCCCUUAUCCAGGCAAGAACGGAUUAACACCGGAGCAGGACAUCUUCAAUUACCGGUUAAGUCGUGCGAGAAGACUUAUCGAAAACACUUUCGGAAUUUUAGCUAGCCAGUGGCGAAUAUAUCGCAAACCAAUUAUUGCUUUCCCAGAGAAUGCUAAAUUGAACCGGUGCAGGCAACGGUUUGUCUGCAUAAUUGGAUUCGCAAAGACGACAUUGGCAAAAAUACAUACGUUUCUGAAGGUAUGGUGGAUGAAAUUGACGCUAAUGAUCCAAAUAGUUUCACACCAGGUUCUGGGCGGAGAAUAUUCGAAGAUGGCUGCGCUUUUCGAGAGAUUAGUCGUUGUGGCUCGAAUACUAGUACGCGAAAUUGUAUUCAAAUACGCGAUGAAUUUUGCGAUUACUUUUGCAAUGAAGGAAAAGUACCUUGGCAAAAUAACCGUCAUAAAUAAAAAAAUAUAUAAUAUAUAUUGUAUAUAUUGAUA